AUGGAGGAUUUAUUGAGGGUCAGAAACAUAGUUAUCAACAUAGCGUCGAACCUCAAUACAAGAGAUUAUGUGAAUUUCCGACAAGUAAACAAAAAGGUGCAUGACAUACAUCUUUCAGAUGAUACUGAUAAUGAAAUAUGGUCUCAGAAACUUCUUUUAAUGGGUAUAAAAAAAGAGCAAACUCAGAUCGCAGAAAAUCAGGAAGUGAUACAUGAGCUGGAAUUUGACAACGAAAAGGAACUGGAUUGUGUUACAAUUUUUAAGGACAUAAAAAGUUUCAGGGAAAAGGAUGCGAAGAGGAUAUAUAUCAAGUUUUAUCGGUGCUUUCAACCCUAUUGCAAUAAGUUAAAAUCAAAUAGUUUAGCACAUUUUUUCCCACAAAAAUAUGAUGAUGAUCCUCUCAUUCAAGUCAAAAUAUUUAGCUAUAUCUCAAGGUAUAACAAAGGAAACAAAAAUGAGUUUGAUGAAUAUCAAAAAAUUGAUCAAAAUUUGAACAUGUUGAAGGAGAUAUUCAUAAACUCUGUCCUUCAAGAAAUGGAUGCAAAUUUUGCUAAGGAGAAUUACUCACAGGUAGGUAAAUUUAUUCAGGUCCUGCUACUAUCGCAUGAGGAGAGAAAUGCCGUUGAGUUCUUUAGAUCGAAAGCAGAUCCCACUUUUGAAAUGAAUCUUCCAGGAAGUGUUUUCUAUGAUGAUGAAACCUUGAAUGAGAAAUCUUUGGAUGAAGCCUUAGAAAAAGUGAAAGAUUUUUUGAACUCGAAAAUAGAGCUAGUGGAUACUUUAUUUGCAGAUACAUAUCCAGUAAUCUUGGAGUUUACAGAAAGUUUUAUACAAGAAAACUUUUUAGACUAUAUGAAUGAACAAUUUGGCAAGGAAGAAUCUAGAUUACAAUACAUGCCCGAAAUGUACUCUAAAACUAUGGCUAAUGUUUGCGGAAAAUUAAAGGCAUCCAAAAAUGGCGGAGAAUUCUUCGGAAAAGUUGUGAAAGAAUUCUUUGACAUGUAUUUAGAGCCGAAAAUUGUAACUUAUUUGGAAUUUCAACCUAGAAUUUUUCAAAAGUCAAUAAGUAAUAAGUUGGAUCAAUAUAAGGAUGAAGCAGAAGCCAGAGAAAAGGAACAAAACGAACAGAUUUACAAUUCUCUACGUGACCAGAGUGUAGAAAAGAAUAAUAUAACAGAUGAUAAAAACGAUUUUCUGAGCUCAUUCACUAAAAUAUUCAAACUUACCAAUAGCGAAAGGCAAAAGAAUGCAGAACAAUUACAAUUAGCAUACAAUUUAAACUUGCUGAACAACAAUCUACAAAAUAUCAAAUCUCUGGUUAGUUUGGACCUUUGUUAUAAUAUUGUUCAGCAGGCUCAAACAUUAACAGAUCAAAUGUACACCUUUCAUCAGAUUGAAAAAAUUGUCGGUACAAUGAGAAGUCGAUGUCAAGAAAUAUUCAAAAUUCUUAUAAAUGAACUUGGGUGGAACCAUAUAAAGCCUGGAUUUGAAAAGGCUACUGUGUUGCUUCAAAAGUAUGACUCGAACGAAAUACAGAGAGUAGAGUUGAAACUUGAGGGUGUGGAGACUCAGGUCGAACCACUCGUUCAAUUUACCGAAUUAAUCAAUAUUGGAGAUAUUAUACUUCAAAUGAUAUCAAUAUUUUAUAGAAACGAGCUGAUUCAGAAAUGCAUAAUAGAUAAGAAUCGUGAUUUUCUCAACGAUGUUGUCCAAGCCAAGAAAAAUUUUGAGACGAUGCUCGAUGACUUUGUUGCCGAAGGCUUGAAUAUUGGUAUAAAUAAAUUGAUGGAUGAAGUUGAUUUUGUAUUCAAUACAAUUCAGCUCCCUGACGAUUAUAAUCCUAAUACAAAGCAGGGUGAAGCAAGUUCGAAAGAGAUCAAGCCAACACAAUGUGCCCUAAAAAAUAUUGAACUUUUGAAUAAUCAUGCAUUUUUAUUAACGGGGGCAACAGACAAAGGCACAAUUGAUGUUUACAAACAAGAAAUUGGGGAAAGAUUUUUUAAUGAAUUGGUUAAACAUAUAAAGAAAAGUCUUAUUUCACCUGAUGGUGCAAUUUUCUUAAUUUGCGAUCUAAAUUUAUACUAUGAUUUUAUUGCAACCAAGUUGAAGCAAAAACGAAUAGUACCAUUAUUUGCAGCAUUGAAAAACGUUGCUCAGUUAUAUAUUAUUUCAGGAAAGGAUUCCAAGGAACUCGGGAAGAUGAUUUCUGACGUAGGGAGAUUUCAAGGGAUAUUUUCGCAGGAAGAGGUAUACGAAUUUGUGGAAAGAAGAAGUGAUUGGGUGCGCGUCAAAAGAGAUGUCGAGAAGGUAAUGUAUGGAUUAGGGGUAAAAGACUGUACCAUUAUGUAA